AUGGAAGAGGACCUCCAGCAUGUGCACAGGGCAGUGGCAUUGCUUGGCGGCCAAAGGCUUUCGCAUGAGGAGGAGAUCGAGCAUGAGGCCUUGCAGACAGCAGCUGCCACCAAUAGGCUCUUGGAAAUGAAAGCCCAAGCACUGGGCAUCUACCAGCAGACUGCUGCAGCACGAAAGCUGGAACAACAAGUCCUGAUGGUCGGUGUUGGCAACUUCUCGGUGUUGCAUUUGCUGGAGCAUCAGACCGUGCAGGAAGCGCAGGAGGCCAUGAGGCUCUUUGAUGCCAUGUGGUGGAAUGUUCGGAGGCACCUGGAUGAGUACCUUCAGGCAGCUGACGAGCACAUCUCUGCCAUGCGCGGGGCCAGCAACGUGCUUCAAAGCUACACAGCUGCUUGCCGAGCCAGCUUCGCGCAGCUGAAGGCUGCUUACGGUUCCUCCGCACGAGCGCAGCAGAAGGCCCACCAGCUUCUCACAAAGACGUGGACCUCUGUGGUGUCGCUGCUGGGCAACAUGGCUUCGCAGAUUCAGGAUGGUGGCCUCUUCACCAAACUUGUUCUGCAGGACCUCGAGGCGAUGCGUGGAACCAUCUUACAGAGCAUGACACCGCGCGAAAGUUUGGCCUUCUGCGCCAACGCCACAACUGGCCUGCUCAUUUUGCAGGAUAGGCUAGGGCAUGCUUUGACGUCUGGCUUCAGUGGGCAAACGCAGCGGCAACUGGCCACACUCUUCUGGGAGCUUGUAAUGUUGCAGGACAGGUAUGAGUGGAGCGGAAUGGGCCAUCCUCCAGAUCUGGAGGUUGCCGAGGAGUCCGCAGCCCGGCUCCAGUCGGCCAUGUUGUCGGGCACGGAGAUGGUGCUGCCGGCCUUGGUAGCACGGUGGCGCUCCGAGGAAUGCGCAGACUCGCGAGUUCAAACCGUUCCACAAGCCACUCAAACCUCAAGGCUUCCAAUUCUUCCAAAGGGCGCCUCUAUGCUGCAAGGCCAAGGGCUUCAAGAGCAAGCCACAAAGCCACAGGAGGCGAAAGCUCCUCUCUGGCACCCUAUGUGCCGGUAUGUCCACGAAGACCCAUCCAUCCGGGACCUCGAAAGGCCACUGCCGAAGAAGAAGAACUUGGCCCUGAGUCAGCGGAGUGGGGAGCUACAAAAGCCAGACACACCUCCCAUCGAGCUGAUCCAGAUGUCCGCAACUUCGGGAGCACGUGCUGAGGGGGAAAAGGAUAUUUCAGAACUCAACUCUUUCGAAAGUCCGACAGCGAUUCCAACUUGUCGCGCACCUUUGGAAAUCCAAUACUACAACGCAGCGGCCCUCUUCGUCGGCGCCAUGCAGCAGAGUGUCUACCAUGCCUGGAAUGAGCUUCAGCGGUGGCAAGCAACUAGUCUGGAGCAGGUUGCUUUCAAGAUCGCGGAGAAGGCUCAGACCUGGCACGGCCUCGAGAAGAUGCCGGCGGACUGGCAGACCAGCUCUGGCUAUGAGAAUCUGAAAGCACGAUCAGAACGCUUGUCUGGGGCAGACACCUUCUUGGACGACCUUCUUUUUGACGAUUGCCAGCUGCGUUGGCAAGUUUUCCAUGAGAAGGUCAUUUUGGCAUCUGCCAGAGAAUCCACCACGGACAACGAAAAGGUGGCGAAGGUAGAGCAAUACCUCCAAGAGUUUCGCAGGCAGGCAAAGGAUUCACUGUGGGCUGCGCUUGCAACAGAUCUCGGCUUUUCAACGAAAGCCAAAUGCAGCUACGAGAACUGGCUCUUUAGUCAUAGAUUUUAA